ACUAUAUAAAGCUGGAAUGGAGUGUGUGGUUUCAAAAAGGAAAGUUCCUGUUGGAUGAUUGGAAGGAAAUUUGUGAAAUGUCGCCAGAUAUCGAAUCCAUACCUACCGAGGCAUAUGAGUAUCUAAGCAAAUUCGACAAUAUAAAUGAUCUUGACGAACUAAACUCUGAGCUAUCACAGCGACCUGUUGAUGUUGAGAGUCAGUUAAUUUAUAAGUGCUUACUUAACUGGUAAAUAAUCUGGUGUGUUGAUGAACUCUAGUCCUUUGCUUUUAUUUGUUAAUUGGGGAUGACAUUUGUAACAUGUUCUUUUCUUUCCAGGCUAUUCAUUUACGAGUCUCAGGACCCAUCACCAUUCACAAUUGGGUCGCUGCUCCCUGAACGUUGGUGGCAGGAGAACGCUUGGGGGAUUCUUGAUCAUCUUACACAAGGUGUCCCACACUGCUAUAUGCUACCAGGCGAGUUAGCUGGAAUAGAGUCAACAGCUCGAAAGAACGCUGGGCGAUACUCCAGCAACGAGAAGAAGCCAACAAAGAAGCAGAUGGGAAAAAGAGGCGACAUGUUUUGGCGCUCUUUUAACGAACCUAAGAUGGACUGGGCUGUUGUUGAAUCAGCUAAAGCAUGGGAUAUAACAGGCGAUAAAUACAUUGUGGAGAGUACUUCGAAGCUCCCGCGACAGCUCCAUGACAUUCUAGUGAAUCGCACAAGGGAGGUUGGCUCCAUGAAUAUGAUGAGAAAGGCAGUGGUCCCAGGUCUUGUAAUUGGUGGUCCUGUAAUACAACAGAUUUGGCUGGCCUGGGGUCUUAGUGGUGUCAACGUCACUCGCAUAUUUAAAUACAAGGCCACAAGAUUGGAGUCGUCAGUUGAUAUGCUGUCACAAAGCAUGGAUGCCAUUUACAGCAUGCUAUGUUUUCGGCAAGACAUCAAAAUUCAAUAAGAACUCAACUAGAUCGCAAAAAAGCCCUCAAGAUGGUGUCUGAUGUUAAAGAUGGCCAGAGUGUACCACGCAAUCUUUUAUUAUCUUCUCCUGAAAAACCACUGUGACCCAUCUAUGCAAUUCCCCAUUACCAGGAGAAAACAAAUAAAAUGCAAUAUAUAUGAAAUGAGACAAAUAUUAAAUGAAAU